AAAACUGUGUGGGUGGGAGACCUGCUUGAAUUUCCUCUGCAUGGGCUGUUGAACCACUUCCUAUUUGCUGCUUGCUCGAUGUAUACUGUUUGUGUCUCUCAGUGUCUGUUGUUUGGUUUCGAUGAGUAGUAACUCUACAAAUUUCAGUAUUUCGUUUUGUCAUUGUUUGUAGAGACGCGAGCUGCGAGAAUGUUCAUGCAUAACGGUUUUAUUUCUAUUUACCUUCUAAUUAUUUGGAAUUCACCCAUCAUCUCAGGAAACUCCUCUGCAGUUCCUCUUCGUUUCUUACUGGGAUGUGAGGCGGUGAUUCCAUGUCGACCUGUGAAGAGCCUCUCAGACUCUUUCAAAUGGUUUUUCAAGAAGAGCGACCAAAACGACCAAAUAAAAAUAUUUUUUCAAGAUAAGAAUCGAAAACGGCGUUACUCUCUCAGCCAUAAAAGAGGAAAAGUUAAGGGUGAUCGCUCCCUGGUCAUUAGCAAUUUCACUGAGCUCGAUCAAGGAUCAUACUGGUGUGAAAGCUGUGACCGAACCGAAUGCAAAAAAUCCACAGUUUUCAGAGUGACGGAAGACAUUUGGGAGGAAACUAACACAACAGUUCAUGUUGUAGAAGGCAAGACUUUUGAACAAGUAUGUCCGGGUGAAAUAAUCCCCUCAAAAUGGACUUUUGAAGCACAAAAUCUUCGUGAUAAAUCCUCACUUGGACCAGAAUCAAAUGCUUUGACUUUCAACAAGAGCAUACGUAUCAGAGAUGUGAAAACAGCCCAUGCUGGUCGAUAUACCUGCUGGACGAGAGGCUGCCGCAGAGCCCAGAAGCUUCUCACCGUUUGCUUGUGUGUAUUGAGAGCUCACCAGAGAAAGGAUUCAUCCUCUUGUGCCUUGACAUGUGAUGAGGAAUCCUGGAAAAUCGCUUCAGACACGGUGAUCAAUACUUCUAUAUCAUCGCAUGUAAAGCCAGAUGGGCCUUUACUUUGCAGUUCGACAAAGACGUUUGAUGAGAACGCAACAGUAACCAGCAGUUAUGUUGCAGUAAAUGCAUAUAACACAACAACAGGUAGAGAAGAGCCAAAACAUCAGACUCCAGUCAGAUACAUAGUGCCUCUCACCGUUUCAUGGCUCAUGAUCAUCACACUUUCCUUCUUGUUCUACAGAUCAAGACUGUGGGCGGCAUAUUCAAAUCGCUGUCGCUGUGGAGGGAAUGACAACGCGGAAGAAGAGGAUUCAGUGGUCUACUCGACGAUUCUCAUCAGGACACAGAACAAAGAAACUCAUCAUAAUAUCUCUGAAUAUGAUUGUAUUUAUAGUGAAAUAAAUGUCUGAGGACAAAAACUCUCAAACUCUUUUUUUUUCUAAUGCUGAAGUUAUAUUGUUACUCUGUAAUUACUCACGAUCACACAAUGUCCCUGACAUGGUGGGAAACACAUUUGGCGAGUGAUAUUCUUUGUUCAGCUUGUUUCUUUAUGUGAUGGAGAAGCAAUUCAGAUAUUUAAUAUAAUGGUCCAGAGAUAUUUAUAAUGAAACUAGGACUGCUAUCAGUAAACCUCAUGAAAUACUCUGUAAAGGUAUUGACUCAUAUGAGUCCAGUUUUGGAUUACUAAUUCCUAUAUUUAACUGGUUUAGUCAACCAGUCGCUUUCCAAAUGAAGUAUUAGAAAUUGUAGAAAAAGAGUUUCAGAAUGUUAUAAAAUGGUUCAACGCGA